AUGGAAAUUGCGGACAAUCCUAAGAUGGAUUUGAUUGGACUGCAGGAAAAUAUGGUGACGACCACCACCACCGCCCAGAAAAUCUCAGUUGUUGAUCACAUCAACGGAUUUCAAUACUCUCCCGAAAGAUCCGAUAACUUCGUUAUCAACAUGGAAGAAAGCUAUUCCAAUCCCAGAAUCACAUUGCAGAGGGGCUUUUCCAGAAAAGGGUCCUUUCGUGCCGGCGCCGGCAGCUAUGGAGGCAGCGAGAAGAAAGUCAAUUCCAAUGGCUCUGUUUCAAAAGAAAGGGAAUCUGCAGCUACAGCGGCGUCUUCGCCAGGAGCUGGCCCAGGGGUAGGAGGAGGAGGAGAAAGAGGUUUGCUGUUAGGGAGUAGCACGCCGGAAAAGGGAACGGUGGAGGGACAAGGGCAUCAUCAGAUCACUAUUACUUCUGCCGCCGGCAGCAUCAAAGCCACCACCGCAGUCGAAGGAAGAUCCCCGUCGAGAAGGAACAGCUUCAAGCGGCAUCAGAGUUCAUGGCUGCUCGAUCCCAGAAAAGUCCUCUUCUUCUUUGCCACCUUAUCAAGCCUAGGGACGCUGUUGCUGAUAUACUUCACACUGUCAAUCGCCUCGGUCCAGUCAGAAGACGGUGCUGCCCUCGAAUGA